AUGUCAUUCUCAAAGCGGUUUAUUACAAACUACAAGACCAUCGAUCCAGUAAACGUUCAUCUCGCAGACGACGGGGUCGUGCAGGCGAUUGGGACCGGCAACGUAGUGAUGAUGAUGAAGACACCAAGUGGUGCCAAGAAGGGUGUGCUUACGAAUGUGUGGCACAUUCCAAAGCUUUCACGCAAUCUGUUCUCAGUCGGCCUAUUCACCAAGGAUGUCGCGACAGUGACGUUUGAUACGAGCGCCUGUUAUGCAAAUUUCAAGAACCAGAAGUGGAAGAUCGGCGAGCGUGCCGGCAAAGGUCUCUUUAAACUAUGCAUGACACCUGUGCAAGUCGAGAGCGCGAGCAUCGCAAGUGAAUCCAACAAGCCUCAGAUGAGCAAGUCAUACUUGUGGCAUCUGCGUCUUGGUCACAUUGGCCAUCGUGGACUCGACGCGAUCGUGAAGCAGAAUCUUGGUGUCGGCAUCGACAUUACAUCUGUGGGCAAGUGGGAGCUUUGCAACGGAUGCGCGCUCGGAAAGCAGACGCGAGUGAGUUUUCAGUCAACUACACGUAAACCAGCCAAUGACCUGCUCGACGUCGUGCACUCCGAUGUAUGUGGACCAAUGCAGACUUCGACAUUUUCCAACAAGCGCUAUUUUGUGACGUUCAUCGACGACAAGUCGCGGUUUUGUACUGUGUACCUCAUUCACAGCAAGUCUGAAGUAUUAGACAAGUUCAUGCAGUUCACCAAGUUUGCCGAGACUCAUACCGGUCGUCGCAUCAAGAUGCUCCGCAGCGACAACGGUGGAGAAUAUGUGUCCAACAAGUUCGCCGCGUUCUGUCGCAACAAAGGCAUCAUACAGCAAUUUACGCCGCCGUACACCCCACAACUUAACGGAGUGGCGGAGAGAAUGAACAGGACUCUAGUCGAGAGUGCUAGAUGCAUGAUUGAGCAUGCGGGACUAAGCAAGCGCUACUGGGGCGAAGCAGUGUCAACGGCAGCGUUCCUACGCAAUCGAUGUCCAACGCAAGCAAUUGGCCAUGACAAGUCCCCGCACGAGAGGUCGAAGCUUGAUGCGCGAUCGACGUUGUGUCGCUUCUUGGGAUACUCAGACCACGAAAAGGCGUACCGGUUUGAAGAGAUAUCAAGCAGUCGCAUUCUAGUGAGUCGCGACGCCCAAUUUAUGGAAGACAUGUUCGACGGCGGGAAGUACAUGCAACAAAGUGGCAUCGACCCUAUCGAGUAUCAUAACACUGAUGAAGACUUCAACGACCGUGACAACGGGGUUGCCAAUGAAGACAUGGAUGCGCAUAUGCCCGAAUCAGCAUCGAUCCAUGAGUGGCCACAAUGGCAACAAAUGCGGCGUUCAAGUCAUCAACCGCAGUAUAUGCAGCCGCAGACAGACGAGUUUUUACCGGGGUCGAAAAGACAAGUACGCACACAGUCACUUGAAGCUUUGUCAGAGCCACCAGUGGAAAAACGCUAUGGACGAGGGGCUAGUACAAGUGGUGUGCACACAUCGUCAGUGCAAGGAACUGCGUCACCACUCGAAGCCAUGUCGGCGCUUCUCGCAUCUAUUGAUGAAGAAGAAGAAGAAGUAGAACAUGAAGAAGACUGUGCUAACGUCGUGGAUUCAGUGGGAGAAGUGCCGAUGACAUUCUCAUCGGCUAUGGAAUCCAGCGACGCAAGAAAGUGGCGUGAAGCGUGCGAAUCAGAGUUUCAGUCAUUGUGCAAGAACAACACGUGGGAACUCGUGCCGUUACCAAGUGAUCGCAAGGCGAUCAGCAGCAAGUGGGUGUUCAAGGUGAAGGAGACUGUUGAUGGACUCAUCGAGCGAUACAAAGCGCGCCUCUUGGCAAAAGGAUUUUUGCAAAAGUACGGUGUGGACUUCGAGGAGACGUUCGCACCAGUGGCCAAGUUCGCGUCGAUCCGGAUCAUUAUCUACAUGAAGCAGCCUGACGGAUUCGUUGAUGCCAAUCAUCCUCACCAUGUGUGCAAGCUCAAGCGUGCGUUGUACGGACUCAAGCGAUCCCCUCGUAUGUGGAACCAGACUAUUGAUGAGUUCAUGCGCAAUAUUGGCUUCACCAAGUGCGAGAUGGAUCACUGUGUCUACGCCAAGCGUGACGACAAGGUCAUGAUGUUUGUUGUCAUAUACGUCGACGACCUCAUCCUUGCGUGCAACAACAUGGACAUCCUCGCAGCCACCAAACGUGCAUUAAGCGAGCGAUUCGAGAUGUCCGAUCUCGGUGAGCUUAAGUACUGCCUCGGAAUAGAAGUCGAGCGCGAUAACAAGUCAGGUGAUGUAUCGAUGAAACAGACUAAGUUCUUGCGAUCGAUUCUGACCAAGUUCGGUAUGCAAGACCUUAAGCCUGUUAAGACACCGCAAGAUCCCGGACUGAAGUUGACUAAGCGCAUGUGCAAAGAUGGAUGCAAGCACAACUACACCAUGCAAGGAGUGCCAUACCGAAGUGCCGUCGGCGCCUUGAUGUACCUCAUGGUAGGCACGCGUCCAGACCUCGCAGCUUCAGUGGGAGUGCUCAGCCAGUUUGCUGCUGACCCGUGUCCGACACACUGGCAAGCACUCAAGCGCGUGCUACGGUACCUGCAAGCGACUCCUACACUUGGUGUUCGUUUUAUUGGCGCUGGCAAUGGCAAAUUGCUUGACUAUUCCGAUGCCGACUGGGCUGGAGAUAUUGAUACUAGACGAAGUACCAGCGGCUACGUAUUUGUGCUAAUCAACGGCUGCAUCAGCUGGCGUAGCAAGAAACAGCGCAGCGUGGCACUCUCGUCUACCGAAGCAGAGUACAUGGCACUGUCGGAGGCGACCCAAGAAGUGACGUGGCUCAAGACGUUCAUGCGUGAGCUCGGCGAAGAAGCAGGCGAUGACGCUCUAACUAUCUAUGAAGACAAUCAAGGUGCUAUUGCGUUAGCCAAGAACCCAGAGUUCCACAAACGCACCAAGCACAUCGACAUUCGCUACCACUUCGUGCGAGAAAAGGUCGAAAAGAAUCAAGUCGUGCUACAGUACUGUCCAACGCAAGAUAUGCUCUUUGACAUCAUGACCAAGGCAAUCGCAGCGCCACAGUUUACCGUCCUCCGUACUAAACUCGUCAUCACUGUCGGUGUCGCUACCGAGUCGAGUGGGAGUGUUGUAAAAGAAGCGACUCGGCAUGCAAAUGGCAACCACAAGAAUGUACGUGCAGACAAUUAG